GUACAUACCAGUGUAUGAGCUGAGAGCUACUGGCAGGCUGUCUGCUUGGCAUCGCACGCUCAAGUCUACGACUUCGUCCAUGGUCACUGGCAGAACGAUCCCGGCUUGCAGCGACUUCUGUUCAGCCGUAACGACACCCCACUCAAGUAGCUAGCUAUCUGCAACUACAUAUGGCUUCAGCCUGUGCGACUGUGGCCCCGGCCGGUUUCCGAGCCCUCCCUCUUCCUCUCGCACAGCUCUCACUUGCAGCCGUCUUGCAGUGUGGACAGUCCUUUCGCUGGAGCAUCUUCCCGCUUGUCUCCAAUACUACGUCUGGCGAACUCUUGCUCCCAACGCACGAGUACCGACUCUGUCUGCGCGAUCGAGUUGUUUGUCUCCGCCAAUCUCCGGACACCCUGUUCUACCGUUCGGCCUAUCCUCCAAGUCCUCCCUCGCCGAAGACGCUAGAACAACGGGAAGCAGAGACGUUAGCAUGGAUCCGAGACUACUUUCAGCUGGAUAUCGACCUUGUGGACUUGUACGACCAGUGGGCGAAGCGGGACCCUGUCUUUCAACGACAUUGUAGCCAAAGGUUCAGCGGCAUCAGAAUGUUAAGACAAGAUCCGUUCGAGAACCUCAUUUCAUUCAUUUGUUCGUCGAACAACAACAUCGCUCGAAUAACGAAGAUGGUCAAAUCCCUCUGCCAACACUACUCACCCGCGUUGAUAUCACUACCGGGGCCCGAGUCGACAGAUACAUCAGAAACGUACCAUCCAUUCCCACCGCCAUCUGUUCUGGCGGCCCCGCAGGUGUCGGCCACCCUUCGCUCGCUCGGUUUUGGCUACCGCGCGGAAUUCAUCCAAAAGACCGCAGAAAUGCUGGUUGAGACGCGCGGUUCUGAGAAGAACUGCGAGGAUGGCCUCGAACCUGCCGAGAGAUGGCUGCAUACAUUGAGGAGUAUGAGCACGUCGGAGGCGCGUGAAGAGUUGCUCAAGCUUAUGGGCGUUGGCCGGAAGGUUGCUGACUGUAUUCUCCUCGCGAGUCUAGACAAGAGGGAAGUCAUACCCGUAGAUACUCACGUCCACCAGAUCGCCAUGAAGCACUACGGUGUAAGCGGCUCGUCUAAGGGAAAGACGGCAAUGAAUACAAAGCUGUAUGAUGCAGUGAGCAGUAAGCUCGCUGACGUCUGGGGCGAAUAUGCGGGCUGGGCACAUUCGGUCCUGUUCACCUCCGAUCUGAAAUCGUUCGCGUCCUAUGGGCUUUCAAGCCCGUCUCCGUCACCCUCAGUUCAGGGUAAGAAGGCACGACAGGGAAAGGCCGCAGUAGCACUUGUCACGCCGCCAGCUACUCCGACGCCGUCUGCGAGCCCGCGGAAACGCAAAGUGGUAGCGGUAGAGCAGUCUGAGGGCGUGAUCAGUCCGGAGAUCGACGAAGCUGCAUCGACGCUGCCCGUCUUCGACGAGAGCUUGAGCAUGGCUGAUCGAGUGAAGAGGCGACGGCGUGUGAGGACAAGCGAGGUGUCUGUAGUGACUAGUACCAGGACUGUUCGCUAGCCACGUCCGCUAGCAAUUGCAUGUCUGUAUCUCGCGCCCG